UCUCUCCACAGUGAUUUAUCGUUCAACAAGUUGCAGUCAUUACCUGAUGACGUGUUUGCUAGACUAAAUCAAUUACACAUUCUGUAAGUAAAAGGUGAAAACCAAUGUAGCAAGUAAUCGGUUCUCCUGUCCCAAAUGGAAGAAUACAAUCAAUAAUUAAUCAGGUCGAGAUCGCCACCCCUCAAAACGUUUACCCUCUUAAACAACUUGAGUAUGUGACCCAAUGCGGAGUGAAUUUCAUAAUUUUCUAAAUUUUGAACAAUCUUUGUCACUUGCCUCCGAGAAGUUUGAAAUAAAUGCAAUUCUUUUUUUUCAUAGGUAGGCUACUAGUGACAUCUAUUUUCCUGAACAACUUAUUGCAAUUUCCAAAGGAUGAAAACACCUCUCUAAAAUGACAAUAACCCGCUCCUGUUCAAUGCUUGAUAUCUCAGGAGUAUAAUAUUUUCCCCUGUUUUUAGGAUGCUAGCCUUCAACAGGAUCACUCACAUUAAUAAACACACAUUCAGAGGACUUUCCAGUUUGACCACACUGUAAGUGUCCUUUAUAUACUCUUCUUAAGAGUUGUAAGUCAGGGGUUUAAAUAACGUUUUUCAUAAGCAGCGUAUUAGGUAUAGUAAGUGUAAAGUUGUGUAGUAGGUGACUGUGCCCGGAGAAGAGGCCUUUUCUAGGCCUUGUCCCUAGGAAAAAAAAUUUGAAACUUAGAGCUCAAAAAUGUCAUUUCCACCACCAUGAGCAUCAAAAAGUGUACUAUUUUUGUUAUUAUUUUCAUCGACACCUUUGUAAUGUGCAAGCUAUUCUUAACCAAUCAGAACACUUCGUUGUGGAGCGUUCGUGGAUAAACGAAGCAAAUUCGGAAAUCAAUGUCUAGCGGGGAGGCUCUCGUCUCAAGACCUCUUCCCCCAACGGCUCGAAACUCACUCGUUUGAAAGCUCACGCGAAACCCAAACACGAGAGCCUGUCUGCAAGCUAAUCAGACGGCGGUAAGAGGUAGUGGUAGAUCACCAGUUAAUUGCUUUUACUGAAAGCCUGUCAGUACGUCCACUGUAGCGUGGUAAACAAAAGAGUUGCUGUGCCGCACGUACAGGGCUUUUAGUCAUUUUUAUAAAUGAUUAAACCAUCUUAACCUCCGAUAACUUCUCUAUUUAAAAAAACUUUACAACUAAUUCAAACAUUGCAUUCUAGAGAAGUGUAAGUCAGGAGUUUCAAUGACUUUUUCCAUGAGCGAUAAUUCAUCAUAUCAUGCUCAACCUCACCCAAUAUUUGCUUAAUAUCAACAAAAGUAAUAAGGAUAGAACGUGCGUUCCUUUUGGUUAAUGAGUGUGUAUGCACGGUUGUAAACUUUUAAGAUUCACGUGCGUUUCAAAAAAGUCAUAAAGGACUUUCGCACCAAUUAAAAAGUUUCUUUAGUGGAGAGUAGUAGCGGAUUGAAAAAGAAUCAUUUGGCUAGUUAAAUCGUUUAUUCAAUUGAUAAUACAUUUACCUAUGUAACGUUUACGAACUUUUCUUCUUUUCUCAAUCAAUCAUUUUCUUCACAAGUUGGGAAUUUUCUUUUUAAUGUUAUUACGAAUCAAUGCUAAUCAAAAAAACCUUCCAUUUAAAAUGUAUUACAGUUCACACGGCAACCAGGUGGACAAUCAGACAUGGUUUGGUGCUACUCUGGUUUACAGAUUUAAUGAAUGUAACCGAAGAAGUUACAAUUCAUAGACCCAACGUUUCGACACUCCUGUCUAGUGCCUAGGGGUGAUCUAAACGCUGCAACAAGAGGUCCUUUCAUAUGAUCACUAAUUAGCUGCCUUUUUUUUCUGACGAGGUGUAAAUAGGCGUCAGCAAGUAAGCCACCAUCAUCACGAUUUAAAGGAGCGCGGGCGGAGUUGAUAUGCCAAGCUUCCAAACAAAGGCGCUCGUGGUAACGCCGAUUGGUGGUGAUAAUUUUAGACUUAUCCCACACAAUUUUAUGGUUAGUUAGGCAUGUGUGCUCCGAUAAAGCUGAAUUUUCUUUUUUGCAAAAGAAAACCGCCUUUUGAUGAUCUUUCAAACGUGUACCAAACUGACUUUUUGUGCUGUCCAAUGUAUUCGUUGUCACAGUCAUUGCAAGGAAAAGAAUAAAUGGCGUCGGUUCGUUGUUCUUUCGUAACAGGAUCCUUAGAUUUUGCGAAAAUAUGCCCCAAAGUCUGAAAAAGGUUUUUGAGCAACUUUAACGUUGUGACUUUUCACGCUCAAGGGUGAAUUGGAUAGACGGCUCUACUGAAUUCAAAUGCGAUAGGAGGCGCUCCGCUUCAUUUCCGGAUACCGCAAAAAUAACAUCAUCGACAUAUCGUUUCCAGAAAAGGGUUUAACCGGUGAAAUAGCUAAGGCCCUUUGUUCCACGUCUUCCAUUACCAUGUUGGCAAUAACAGCAGAGACGGGCGGACCCAUAGCUGUACCAAAAACUUGUUGAUAGUUAGUGCCGUUAUAUACAAAUUGCAUGGUUUUGAGGCAAAAAGACAGCAGAUGAAUAAUAUCCUCCACAGGCAAAGAAGUUCUUUGUCAUAGGGAAGCAUCUUCUCUGAGUCUCUCCUCCGCGACCUUUACGGCAACAUCAACUGGGAUUUUAGUGAAGAGCGAAACAACGUCGAAAGAUACUAAUUCUUCACAAGCGUUAAGAGUCUUAUCACUUAUGAAAUCCGCAAAUUCGCACGAAUUUUUGACAUUGUAAUCUGUAUUCCCAACAACAGGCGACAAAAUUCUCGCAAGAUAACCAGAAAUUGCAUCAGUCGGAGAAUUAACAAAAGAGACAAUGGGUCUCAAAGGAAUUCCCGGUUUAUGAAUUUUAGGUACUGUAUAACAUUUUGUACGUAGAGUCACUAAUCUUACCAGCUUUUUUUCAAAUCAAGCAACAUUUUGUUUAACUUUCUUUGAGUUUUACAGAUAGGAUCAGAGUUUAAGACUGCAUACGUACUCUUGUCAUUAAGUAGAGACAAAGCUUUGUCGUGAUAUUGCUGUUUGUCCCUUACCACAACACAAUUACCCUUGUCAGCAGAUAACACGAGCCUGUCCGGAUCCUUUUUAAGAGCUAUAAGCGCAUUGAAAACAUCCUUUUGAAUGUUUUUUGGGAGGAGGUUUAGCACGCCUGAGUAUGCAGUUACUUUUGUUCUUACCAAGUUUCUACGUUCGUCGUUGAGUUGAGAGAUGCUCUCCUCGACAGCGGCGACAAUUUCAGCAGUCGGUAUUUUGCGAGGAGCAAUAGAAAACUUCAGACCCUUCUCGAAACCACUCCGUUCCAACGCGGAUAACUCCUCGAAGGAAGGUUCAUGACCCAUUUAUCUUUAAGAGAUGAGCCUGAAUUAACAGGAGACCUCUUACUGAACAAAUGACGGAAUUUUCUGUCGUGUUUCUCUCUCUGUUUGGUAACUUUUUCAAACUUCAUCUAGCGCCUGAUGAAGGCACUAGACAGGAGUGUCGAAACGUUGGGUCUAUGAAUUGUAACUUCUUCUUUUACAUUCAUUAAAUCUGUAAACCAGAGUACAUCAAACCAUGUCUGAACCUUACAUUUAUUCCCAAAGACGCUUUGAUGAAACUCCUCGCCUGGAAUCAUUGUAAGAAUAAACUUUGGUUCAGACAUCUUCCUCACAUCUUAAAAUGUUGUAACAUGUGUAUCGUAGUGUAUCAUUACAAGUUACAGGAUAAGAUAUGAGUAGCUUCGGUCUCCAAGAUGUAUCCCGGUUGCAGUUAGUCAGUAAAAAGGUUACCUUUUCUUAUUUUCUCAGUGAAAAAUAUUUUGAUUGAGAGGAGAAGAUCACCGAAACAUAUUUUUUUUCCGCAGGCUUCUUCACAGUAAUGCAAUUAAAACUAUUGAAAGCAAGGCUUUUGACGGACUUGUACUGGAGCAGUUGUGAGUAAAUUGACGAAUCGACUGAUUCCCUUUAAAGCUCUGGAGAGGAGAUAAAUUUCACGGGUUGAACGUCUUUUUUUUCUGAUCGAUGAUAUCGAGAGCUUUUGCAAUGUCUAUUAAAUCGUUUCUUGUGUAAUAAGUAGAUAUUUUAUUUUCAGAACCAUCUUUGAUAAUCCUUUCAACUCAUUACCAGAUGGAAUUUUCGACAAAAUGACAAACCAUACCAAAGUGUAAGUCAAGCCGUAUGGCUUAAACACAUGUCUUACAGUAUUUUACUAGAAACUGAAGUUAGAGGUGGACUCCUAGAUUGUAGACACUCCAAAAUGUACCUUAUAUAUUCUCCAGUUAACCUGGAAAAUUACUGCUAAAUUCCAUAAGUUAUCAUGAUCAUUUCCAAAAGUAUUUUUAACAUACCUAGGAACGCAAGACAAAAUGAUGUAUAUUUACGAGAAGACGACAGUACUCUUAACGCCGAAACAAACAUAUUACUAUUAUUAUCAUCAUCAUUAUUAUUGUCGUCGUCGUUGAUAUCUUCAUCAUUAUCGUUACAGUUGUUGUGUUGUAGUUUUAUUGGUCAGUAGUUCUCACUUUCGAGUAAUUUGAGGGGAGGAGGCGAAUUAUCAGGUGUUGAACUGUUUUACAAUCCGAGCGAAGAAGCAAAACCUCAAGUCACUUAAAGCUAUGGAAACCUGAGUUUGCUUUGGCGACGUAGGUCUUUUGACUAAUUGCUAUUGCCACCAUUCUCAAAUGAUCACGUUGCCUUUUUACAUCCAAUCAGUUUCAAUUCGACUUAUUCAUAACCAAGUUGUUUACAGGUCACUGACGUGUGGAAAUCUUCGUCAGCUGCCACUGGGAAAAUAUGUGUCACAAAUGUAAGUAGGCUUUAAGUUUCGCUUUUAUUUUUGUACACCCUAUCGAAUCAGCUUCAACAUUUUCCACUGAUGGACAUCUAUGCUAUCGAUUAUGCGGCUUCUUUGAAUUAAGAAGUUCAAUAUGUGUAGUAAUGAAAAAGUUAGCCUUAUGAGAUAAAGUUUUUCUUGGUCUAGUUAUGAUACUCUGCAAGUCUUGAAAGUAGCUCAAGCGUCGUCUCCACAAGAGGACGUUGUCCAGUGCGAAUUCAUCCCCUGGCCUCUGUUACACCAAAAUUUUCAUAAAUCUUAACCGCUUUCAUGUUAUUUUAAUGAGGGUUUUAGUUUGAUCUCAAUCUUUUUGGGAAUACUCACUUGGUUAAAUUUAUCAGUGCACACCUCGAAAGCGAGGCUUGGUGGGAGAAAUCGAGUUCUACUACGUAAACAUGCGUGGGACCUCUGGAUUGGUCUGCAGGCCUAAGUACCUGAGUUCAUAUGGCAUGUAUCAAAAAUAUCAUAAUGGAAAAUGUAAGAAUUUUUAAAAGCAUACAUUUUAAUUAUUUGCACUUGUUAGACAUGAUCUCAAGGUUAGGGCAAGUUCGGUCCUGCGCUCCACUGGGUUUAAACCAUCCUCAAAUCCAGUGCGAGCUUACGGGUUUAUUGUCGUCUCAUUUACAGGUCUCUCUUCUUAUGGGGAAACUUAAAAUGUUUUUCCAAGCGAGUUUCUGAUUUAUUGUCAUUAUCCCUCAGUGAGUGUGCUCCCUCGACAUCUAUGCACGUCAUUUUGGACAACGACCUAAGUUUCUUCAGAUUUGGCUUUGAACGCUCAGGUUUUUUGUGCCGCGACUGUACAACCCAUAAAAAACAAACUUUGUUCGUUCAGUGUAGAAACUGCAGUCUCUGUCCAGUUGGUACCUACACGCAUACUGAUGAAAACCGUUGUCUAGAGUGUCCUGCAGGUAAUGAGAAUAAUCACCUAUUUCAUCUUUAAUGUAAAUAAUGAUAUAAAUAAUAAUGUAAAAGAUUUAGAUAGCACCGUUUCUACAAAGUAUCCAACAGCGCUUUUCAAAUAUUGAAAAUCAUUUGAUAAAAUAAUGAAGAAUAGAAUAUCAGUUAAAAUAUAUUUCAAAGAAAGGCCUAAGUCACAUAAUUAAAACUUUAUAAUGUGUCAACUAAAGAUUCGUUUAAAAUGAAAAGCCUUCGGCUUAAAUUUAAAGGGGGUCAUCGACCUCCAGCUCCUCAUAACCUGUAAAAGAGAAUUCCAUAAUACUGGUGCAUUAAUAUGGCAAAAACAUGCUGUUGUAUUCGGCACGCGGGCAACGACUGCGCAAUUGUAUCCCGGUCGGGAUACAUUUGAAUUUGAUCAGGAGCACGUGACCAAGAAUCAACCAAUCACAGUGCUCGUUUGUUGAGUGAAAGUCUAGGUAUAUAACAAAGCUCUUUGACCAUACAACUGAAGAUUGUAUCUUGGUGUUACAAGUUAAAUUUACAAGAGGAUUGCAAGGUCUUAAAGUACCUGUAAGUAAAUAAGCGCCAUAUUAUUUAACGAUUUGAAAGUUAAAAGUAGAGUUUUAUAAUCACUCUGCUCGGCCACUGGAACGCAAGUGUAUCUUUCUCAACUUUCUCAAUAUCAUAACCAAAAGCAAGCAACAAAUAACAACUUGAAACAUUGCGUAAAAAAUAACAUUUAUAAAAAUGUUUCUACUCUGUAAUUGUAUUUAACAAUUGAAUCUCUCCCAACCCACUCGUGGAGCUAAAUCCUUGUUUUAUGAUAUGAUAUCUUCACAGGUGGCUUUUAUCAGGAUGAAAUGGGACAAGUUGGAUCUAAAAAAUGCAGUAAUGGUACAUUUGUUUCUGAACAGCGAAGUCCUGGUACCAAAGCUACCGACUGCGUGGCAUGUCCAUAUGGUAAGUGUAGUGUUCGAUUUGGGCAAACUGCACCAUUCUUCGAUUAAAAUAUACCUUGGGUGACACUAAGUUUUAAUAAAAGGAUUGUCACAGCUAUUUCUUUAACACAUAGCAGUCACAGAACACAGUCAACUGUAGUGUACUGUCAGAAACCCUCUUUACAGAACAGAAAGAUGAGCUGAGAUUACUUGCUCAAUUGUACUUUUUUUUUUUCGGUUGUUAUUUAUUUUUGGCGAAAUUCAAAGAUAUCUCAUUUUAAAGUAUAUCCAUUUACUUCGCUGGUGAAGUCGUAUUUCUUGGUUGAUUCAAAGAGGAGAGUAAGUGGAUUCAUGGAAAAGCCCUUUUAUGAAUGCUUUAUUAUAAUUGCUGAGAAAAGAAACAUUCCUUCCCAGGUACGAUCUCCAACGAGACUGCUGAAUAUCGUGCAUGCAGAUGCCUACACAACUUCUAUCGGUUGGAUCGUUUUGGCCCGUGCACAGCAUGUCCGCCAAACGGUUUUGUUUGUGAGAAGGAUAUAGCAAUACUUGCUCCUAACUAUUUCUGGAAAUGGGUAGACCAUUCUGAAAAAGAACGUUUCAAGGGUUUUGUUAACAAUAUUCAUUCUUUUGGACCACACUACAACAAGUCAUAUUCCACGUUCGAUACUUCACUUCCAAAGCCACUCAAAUGUCCCCAUGCCAAGUCCUGCAAGGGUGGAAUUGACUCAGAAUGCCAUCAAGGAUAUCAAGGGACUUUGUGUGCAACUUGCUCUGAAGGCUUCUAUUUUCGCUUCAACUCUUGUUUGAAAUGUCCCCAGUUACCUGUUACUAUAACUUCAUCCAUCUUAGUAAUUGCUCUAUUUGUUGCUGUGUUUCUAAUGGUUCUUUGGGGUGACUCCAAACGUGCAGAGAAUAACCGGACAGUUGCGGAUGUCGUCAUGUCGUGCUUUAAGAUUGUGAUUGGUUUUUACCAAGUCAUCUCUGGUAUUUUCUCAGCAUUGGCGAAAGUCCAGUGGCCAGCCAUUUUGAUCUCAACGGAGAAGGUUCUAAAAGUAUUUGAAGGGAACAUCUUGCAGUUUGCCCCUCUUAGUUGCAUUCAUACUUCUCUACGGCUUGAUCAGCUUGGAAAGUUCACGAUGAUUGUUUUCAUGAAUGUCUCACUCGUUGGCUUGAUUUUCUUGUAUCUAUUUCUUAAAAAACGCUACAUCAUGAAUAAGGAGGACCUUGGCGAAGACCAGAGAGUGAUGGAAGUUAAGAGUUUGAAGAAAUCUUGCUAUCGGAAUAUUUUUCUAUUGUUGUUGACGACCUACCCCACGACGAGCAAAUCGAUUAUUCAGAUUCUACCUCUUCCUGGUGCAUGUGUAGAGACUUGUUUCACAGACGACAAGAGCGACUGCAUCUUCCUGCUAAGAGCUGACCACUCAAUCCAGUGUUUCACUCCUCGCCACAGCUUGUAUUGGCUCAUGGCUUCUAUUUUGGCAUUGUAUCCCGUGGGAUUUCCACUUCUGGCUCUGUUUCUCACUUACAAGUAUCGUGAGUCCCACGAAAACGAAGCGGUCUCUUUCGGACUCAGAGUGUUCUUUGAAAACUAUAAGAAGAAAUUUUGGUUCUGGGAAAUCACAGAGAUGUAUCGCAAGCUGAUUCUAACGUCAUUGAUUUUUCUUUUCGUAUCAAAGAGCCUUUCUCAAAUCGGUCUCACAGUUCUGACAGUCAGCGUCUUUGGAGUGGUCUACACCUUAUUCCGACCAAUAAAGAACAAGUUUGAAGACCGCUUACAAACAUUUGUUCUUUGGAUAAUUUUCUUUGACGUUUGUCUUGGUGCAGUUUACACAAACUGGGAUGAGAGUCAAGGAGAGGGCAAGAACGACUCCAUCUUUGUAAAUGUCCUGUUCGUGGUCCUUAACGCCUCUGUACUGUUGCUUUCCAUUGGUAAGUCAACUUGCUGCUCUGUUUCAUUAAAUGUGCAUUUCAGUCAUUUGCCAAAUAAAUCAAGGGAAGGUACCGUGGAUUGUGGUGGCUUUCUCAAUCCCUCAGUUUUUCCGUUUUCCGCGCCAUGAAAGUAUUAUGAUAAAAUCAUUAAGUAGCCUUGUCCAGGUUAUUUAGGAUAUUUGACUCUCUAAAACAUUGGCUCACACAAUUAUAAUCUUAAAGCAGAUCGCGAUGUUUGGUCAAUUCUUCCCGCAGGUUAACUUUUCCUGUAAGUAGAACUUUGAGACCUUGUUACCUGACAGCUUUUUAGGAUGUAGUUUACAAAAUAUAGCUGUUUCAACUUUAGGCAGUAUUAGUAGAAGACAAUAAACUGCGAAGUACAGUUGGAGUGUAAUGAAUAUUGAGAUCUUAGAAAAAAAUCCAAAUCAUUGUGCGAACGAAAUGUCAACACCCAUUCUCAAAACGCUUCUUAGCAAGAGCGAGAACAAAGACAGAUUUCAGAAAAAAGGGACUCCUUAUUGUUUUUAACCCUUUCGUGUAAGAUUACAUGUAUAAAUGAUGACCUCCAUCUUUUUCUUUCUCCUACUUUACAGGAAAAGGAAUUCUAUAUGUGAAGUCAAUUUGGAAGUACAUUACCUUCAACCCGAUCCGAUGUUUCAGCUUCCUUCGCCAAGGAGUAUCACGUCUCAAAAGUAGAGUGGUCACAAGAACAGGAACAUCCGAUGAACUUUCACCCUUGAUUGAAGAAAGAAACUGA